GGAACUUCCUAUGGACAAUGGUUGGUCAGUCCUGAGUGAGCUGGAGGUGUGAGGAGAGGUGAAGGAUCAUGGGAGAUGGGGCCCCUCUACAGACUGAGGGGAAUGCCCUUCUCAAAGCGGUCAUCCAGGGGAAGCUACGGCUGACCCGCCUGCUGCUGGAAGGCGGAGCUUACAUUAAUGAGGGCAACGAGCGAGGUGAGACAUCCAUCUCUGCGGCCUGCCUGGCGAACUACGAUGACCCUCAGACACGACAGCGAAUGGUGCGGUACCUGCUGGAGAAAGGAGCGGACCCUAACAUCCCUGAUAAGAGUGGCCGAACGGCAUUGAUGCAUGCCUGUGCCGAGCAGGCGGGGAAAGAGGUUGUGUCGUUGCUAUUGGAAAAUGGAGCUGAUCCCAGCCUCAAAGACUACUCUGGUUCCUCUGCCCUUGUCCACGCUAUCAACCGCGGAGACCGUGACACACUGCAGGUGCUACUGGACGCCUGCAAAGCCAAAGGCAAGGAGGUUAUCAUUAUUACCACUGACACAUCUCCUUCAGGUACCAAAAAGACCAAACAGUAUCUUAAUUCCCCGCCAUCCCCAGGGAUUGUGGACAAAUUGUCUCCAGCCUGUAUGUCACCAUCUGAGGUGGAGAUUGGAACCUCUUCACCUGCAGUAGACAAAAGUAAAGAUGAGGAAGGGAUUUUCAGCUUUGCACUGACCUCGGCAUUGGCAUUACCUUCAGCUCGACCACCCCCUGAGAAGAGACCGCCUCCGCGCAAGCUUCUGAAGAGGCUGAACUCAGAACCGUGGGGCCUGGUGGCACCGUCGGUCCUGAGUGUGGUCUCCCAGGAUCGGGUAAAUGCAGGCCUGAAAGAGGAGAGUGAGCUGACUCGGACCAUCUCCGAAAUGAAUGGUUUGUCCAUAACAGAGCCCACCAGACCCUUGUUGUCUCGACGACACAGCAUUGAGACACACGAUCCUUGCUCUCCUAAACUCAUCGACCGGUCCUGUUCAGAAGACUGCGCAGCACUUUCAGGUCUGUCUUGGGCCGACAAAGUCCAGCAGCACCAGAUCUUGUACCGCAGGAACACAGCACCUGAGUCUCAGGAGAAUGCUGGGCUAUCUGGGGUGGUGGUGACUCGAGCCCUGGCUCACCCGAAACUGACCCGAAUGGAGCAUUAUGAGUCAGACACCCAUCUGAGUCCAGACUCUAUCCCAGGAUCCCCGGAUUCUGGGCGGAUGUCUGUAGAACGAAGAAGGUACAAUGCUUCCCCCUUGUCUUUGGUCACCAGUUCCUCCAGGGAGUCUCUGGAAAAUAUCCCCUCCUCAGUGUCCCCAAACAUGAUGCGCAGGCGUCCCCCGGGACUCCUGGAGCGCCGAGGAUCAGGGACUUUGCUUCUUGACCACAUCUCUCACACCAGACCUGGAUUCCUGCCACCGCUCAAUAUCAACCCCCAGAGACCCAUUCCUGACAUCAGGGCCAACGGCAAGCCCACCUCCCCCAUCCACGCCGGACACAAGAUCCUGGUGCCAGUAGCCCCAGCCUCGCCCAAACGGGGCCAUGACUUCAAGAUGAAGAAGAAGCUGAUGAGAAGACAUUCGAUGCAGACGGAGCAGAUGAAGCAGCUCUCCACCUUCAAGGAGAUUCUGGCCGAGAAGGUCGUUGAGUCCAAUGGGGAUUGAAAACAGAAGAGCAGCAAGCACGACGGACAGCUGCAGACAGA